AGAGAUUUGGGGCUAAAUAUAAGACACCUCUGGUUUCCACUCUAGUUGGUCAAGCAGGUAAGGAAAGGAAAGGAGAUUUGAAAAGAAGAGAAAAAACAUCAAUGUCCAAUUCAUACUCCUGGUACUGUGCUUCUCCUUCACCAACACUAGGAGGAGGGUUUUCAGUGGAGAAUACAAUGACUGUGACACAUUCCCUCUCUUUCCAAUUCCAAUUCCAAUUCAAUCCCACUCUCUCACUCUCCGAUUUCACGCUCAAAACAAGUCAACAUUUGAAUCAAAGAAAGUUAAGCAUUGUCCGAAAUGAACCCUUUAUUUCUUGCUGCUCCAAUUCCGGUACUUCCAUCACAACAUCACCGCCGCCAUUGGAGGAGGCGGAAUUGGCGGCGAUGACGAACGCUCCGCCGAUGAAGAGGAAGAGGAGGAGGUACAGGAAGCAAUACCCAGGGGAGAAGAAGGGCAUAACCGAAGAGAUGAGGUUCGUCGCCAUGAGACUCCGUAACACCAAAGGCAAGAGAAUUGAGAGCGAUAGUGGUGAUGAGGAUGAUGAUUUUGACGGCAAUGAUGGGUCGAUUUCGAAUGUGGAAGAAGAAGAAGAAGGAGGUGGUGGUGGUAAUGGUGGAGAGAUCUGGCAACCCACCAUGGAAGGGUUUCUCAAGUACCUUGUUGAUAGCAAGCUCGUCUUCGACACAGUGGAGCGCAUCGUUGACCAGUCUGAUGAUGUGUCCUAUGCCUACUUCAGAAAAACCGGACUAGAACGUUCAAGAGGUCUUUCAAAAGAUCUAGACUGGUUUAGCCAGCAGGAUAUUGUGAUCCCACCACCUAGUAAUCCUGGAGUUACUUAUGUCAAAUAUUUGGAGGAACUUGCAGAGAAGAGUGCCCCAUUAUUUCUGUCCCACUUCUACAAUAUAUACUUUUCACACAUAGCCGGUGGUCAAGUGAUUGCAAAACAGGUCUCUGAAAAACUCUUAGAAGGAAGGAAGCUGGAAUUUUACAGAUGGGACGGGAAUACGGAAGAAUUACUGAGAGGUGUGCGAGAGAAGCUCAACAUGCUUGGAGAGCACUGGUCUCGAGAUGAGAGAAACAAAUGUUUAAGAGAAGCGACCAAGGCAUUUCGGUUUCUGGGGCAGAUUGUCCGCUUGAUUAUUUUGUAAGCAAGGUCAGUUCAGAUAGAAGGAUCUGAAUCCAUUUUAAUGGUAGAAUCUUCCAAGUUCGGAACAUGUUGAAUGCGUUCCAACUGCGUUGUCUACGAACCAAAUAGACGAGACUUCUUGCGAGACGAGUACAAAGAAGGUACCAACUUCUCCAACCUCAGGUCAAUGUUUGUAGUGGUGAAAUUAUUAUUUCCAGUGGAGUUACACUUCUUCUAUGAGGAUGAGCGGGAAUAAUUGCCUGUGUGUAUCAUGACUAUAUUUAUUUAUUAAGAGGCAGGUCUCUUUCUUCUUUUUCUCU